AUGAAGGAUGAGAAGUUACAAGACUACCUUGCCCAUCACCUGAUAAAGUGGAAAUUUAAUCUAGCUAAAGCACCCUGGUGGGGUGGACAAUUUGAACGGUUGGUAGGAAUUGUUAAACAAGCGCUCUAUAAGUCGAUUGGUCGAGCUGUUUUGAGUUUUGAGGAAUUGGAGGAGGUUUUACUCGAUGUGGAGAUUGCUGUGAAUAACCGUCCUUUAUCGUACGUUGAAGAUGAUGUUCAACUCCCGAUUUUGACGCCGAAUCUCAUGAUGUAUGGACAGACAAAUCUCCUACCUGAAGCAGAUGUUGAUUUAACGGAAGGAACAGAUUUGCGGAAGAGAGCUAAAUACCUGCGUCGUUGUAAGGACGUGUUAUGGUCCCGCUGGACCAAUGAGUACGUAAAAAGUCUAAAAGAAAGGCAUAACUUGAAAAAUAAGAGUAAAAAGUUAUCACUGAAAGUUGGUGACGUAGUAAUAAUUCAAAGCGACCAGAGGAAUCAUGGUAAAUGGAACAUUGGGAUCAUUGUGAAGCUGAUUAAAGGAAGAGAUGGAGUAAUUCGUGCUGCUAGGUUGAGAGCCGAGAAAUCAUACAUUGAGCGAGCGGUCCAACAAUUGUGCCCUAUGGAGCUGAGUUGUGACGAAGUUGUUGCGAAGGGACAUGUGGAACAAUCGGAGAGUUUAAAACCCCUGGCAAAAGAGUUUGCGCCCAAAAGAGCCGCAGCUAAGGAAACAAACGAACGGAUUAAAGACAUUUUGAACAAGGAAAGUACAGUCGAAUAA